AUGCGUGAGCUGCGCUCUUCAACAAAAUCUAUAAAAAAUAAUGAUACUAAAUCUACACCAUUAAAACUACAGUCAAAAGACAACAAUAAGCAAGUUAAGAAUUUUGAGCGUUCAAGAUCUAAACGAAAAUCGACGCUUCAAGAUGAGGAAGUAAUAUGUAAUAAGAAACCUAAUAUAAAUGGAGAAUCAGCUGGAUUUUUAUCUUCAAUUGUACUUCGUAAAAAACAAAAUUGUAUUAAUGAAAGUUCAACAGAAAUGUCUUGGGUUAAGAUGUUUCAAAACAUGAGUGAAGAUGAGAAAUCUAGAGCUUUAGAACUUUUUGUUAAUAAGACGGGUAUGGAAACAAAAAGAGAAAUUAAAUAUUUAGUUGAUCCUUUUUUUUUGAAGGAUUUUAUUGCAUUAUUACCCUACGAAAUAUCAUUAGAAAUUUUAAGUAGAUUAUCAGCUGCUGAUAUUAUACGUGCAUCAAUGACAAGUAUUACUUGGAAAAAAUUAGCAGAAGAUCCAAAAUUAUGGCAAAAUUUGUGCAAAAGAGAUUGUAUAAAAUUACUUAACAAACAAGCUGUUCGUACAGGAAAUUGGAUAAAUCUAAGAGAAACACAACAAAAACGCUCUUAUAGAGCUCUAACACCUCCAACAAAUUCACCUCGCCAAGAAUCACCAGUUCCAAUAAUUAAUUUACCAAGUUGUUUUAAAAGAUGUCAUUGGAAGGCAAAAUAUUUAAGAUCUUUAAAGACAACAAGAAAUUGGUUCAAUGCUACACCAACUUAUCGAUGUGAAUUAAAAGGCCAUGAGGAACAUGUUAUUACUUGUCUUCAUGUUAGAUCUGAUAUUGUAGUUACCUGUAGUGAUGAUAAUAAAUUAAAAAUUUGGAAUCCUUAUACUGCUACAUGUACCCAUACAUUGGAAGGACAUAAUGGAGGCGUUUGGACAUCUCAAUUAUCUGAUGAUUGUAAGAUAUUAGUUAGUGGUUCAACAGAUAGGACUGUUAAAGUUUGGUGUACAAAAACAGGUAAAUUGUUACAUGACUUAAUUGGCCAUACAUCAACAGUACGUUGUAUGGCUUUACAUGGUAACAUUCUUGUUUCUGGAUCUCGAGAUUGUACUCUUCGUGUUUGGGAUAUAAAAACAGGUGCGCUUAUUAGAAUACUACAAGGGCAUUUAGCAGCUGUCAGGUGUGUUCAAUUUGAUGGAGAGAGAAUUGUUUCUGGAGCUUACGAUUACUUUGUAAAAAUAUGGAGUCUGCAAACAGGAAAUGGAAUUCAUACACUUGUUGGUCAUAGUAACAGAGUUUAUUCUGUUUUGUUUGACUCUCCACAAGAUAUAAUUAUUAGUGGUAGUUUAGAUACAACAAUUAUUGUGUGGAAUGCAACUACAGGCACAGCCUUACACACUCUUUUUGGUCAUCAAUCUUUAACAUCUGGAAUGAGAUUAAAAGGUGAUAUUUUGGUAUCUGGUAACGCAGAUACAACCAUAAAAAUUUGGAAUAUUCGUAAAGGUGAAUGUAUACAUACAUUAGCUGGAAUGAGAAAGCAUACAUCCGCUGUUACAAGUAUUGAGAUUCUUGAUGAUGGAUAUAUUGUUUCUAGCAGUGACGAUGGAAAAGUUAAGUUAUGGUGUGCAGAAACAGGAAAUCAUAUUAGAGAUCUUUUGACAUUAGAUUCUGCCGGACUUGGUGGUUGUAUAUGGAAGAUUGUAGCAACACCGACAAUGUUAAUUGCCGCAGUUGGAUCAAGAGGACAUAAUCAAAUAGAAGAUACGAGAGUUAUAAUGCUAGACUAUGAUGCAGGAUAUCCUGAAUGA